AUGGAAGAGGAAGAUACAGAAGGUGAAACUGAUGAUGAUGAUUCCGAUGAGUCUGAUGAUGGGGAGGAGGUGCCUAUUCCUGGUAGAUGGAAUCACAACUUUUCGUCUGCAAUGACAAUCAAUGAUGGCCUUGAUUCUAACUGGGAGUAUCACCAGAACAAUCUCGCCGUAGGGGCCAUGUUUCCGUCGAAGCGACAUAUGCAGGAUGCAAUAAUUAAGUGGGCAAUGGCGAGCCAGAGGGAGCUGAGAACAACCGUGUCAUCUGGAAAAUUCCUGACGAUGGAAUGUGUGGACAUCAAUUGUCCCGGAAGGGUGCAUGGGUAUGUUCCUAAGUAUGACACAAUAUGGCGUGUGAGCGACUUUGUGCCGCACAGUUGUGAGCUUGUAAGUAUCCGCAAUGAUCAUUGCAACCUGUCGUCUAAUCUCAUAGCCCGGCUGCUGUACACUGAAAUAGUGGAAGGGCAAGCCAUGAGAGUAAACGCCAUACAGAAGAAUGUUAAGAAGCAUCAUUUUUACACCAUUUCUUAUGGCAAGGCUUGGAGGGCUAAGCAGAGGGCGAUGGAGAUGAGGUUUGGUUCAUUUCGAGAUGCAUACGACGCUGUUGUUCGUAUGCUGCAGACGCUGCAGGCGAGGAAUCCAGGAACAUAUGUGAACAUCCAGGACAUGUUUUUGCCGGAGUCCCCAUCUUACAGGGUUCUGCAUAGAGUCUAUUUCUCGUUCGGUGUAUGCAUCGAAUCAUUCAGACACUGUCGACCCGUGUUAUGUGUCGACGGCAUGUUUCUGACCGGUCAGUACAAGGGUCAAAUCUUGACCGCCAUUGGAAUGGACGGAAACAAUCAAAUCGUGCCACUCGCUUUUGCUUUCGUGGAGAGUGAGAACACGGAAAGCUGGUUAUGGUUUUUCAGGCAGUUGAAGAUUUCAAUUGUAAAUGACAAGCCGAAUGUUUGCAUCCUUCAUGACAGGCAUGCAGGUAUACUGAAAGCUAUUAAGACACUGAAAGAGCCUGGGCAAGAAACUCCAUGGAUUGACAUUGAGAGCCGUUGGUGCAUGCGCCACUUGGGGGCCAAUUUUUACACACAAUUCAGGAAAAAGGACCUUAUGAAUGUCUUCAAGAGGCUGUGCAUCCAGAACCAGCAGUGGAAGUAUAAUUUUUUGUGUAGCAAACUGCAGGAGUUGACGAAGAAACAAGUUGUGGAGAGGAAAGCAGCUCGAGAUGCAAACAUAGCAGCACAUAUGCAGGCCGUUGCAGCAGGAACAACAGCGGUAGAAGCACCAGUUUAUGAGGCACCCCAAGGUCUGUGCGACUUGCCCGGAUUUGACCCGCCCGGAACAAGGAGAAGGCAGGGAAGGCAGAUUAAAAACUUUGAGCAGUGGAUAGAGCAUGAGCCUACGGAGAGGUGGUCUUUGUUGCACGAUACACAUGGAGCUAGAUACGGCGUCAUGACAACCAACCUCGCAUAG